CCUGCACUAGCUGUGCACUCGGAAGUUCCCAGUGUGCAUUCAGUGCUGUCCAAUGAAAAAUGCUCGAGACGUAAGCAUAGCUUGUAACCAAUAUUGAGAGAGAGAAAGAGAGAGAAAACAUAACCUUGAGUGCCAAUAUUGUGAGAGAGGAAGAGAGAGAGAGAGAGAGAGAUCUCGAGAAAACAUAACCUCAAUAUAGAUUCGGUUUCAAUGUGUCUUAAGCUUAUUUAUGUGUUUGGACAAUCAUGACAUACCGCCGGUGCAACUUGCGUGAUUAAAAACAACGCAUUCUAGAAGUUUUUUCCGAGACAUUACGAUGUCUGUUCCAUUUUUUAAUGUCACCCGGUCGUUGACAACCGUCGCUAGCAGGUCGAAGCGGCGCGUUGUUGUCACCGGCAUAGGAAUUGUAUGUCCUUUAGGAGUCGGGACGCGAAAUGCCUGGGAAGCUCUCAUCGACUCCAAGUGCGGAAUCACUAAACUGUCCGAGCCAGACUAUGAGAAGCUACCUUGUAAAGUAGCUGCGCAAGUGCCAAAAGGAAACUCUUCCCAUCAGCUCAACAUCGACAGCCACUUUACAAAAAGUGAGCUACGCACAAUGUGUCCUGCCACUGCGUACGCACUGAUAGCCUCAGAGGAGGCACUCACUGAUGCGAAAUGGAAACCGGACGACGAGAACAACAAACGUGACACUGGGGUCUCGGUAGGAAUUGGCAUGAUAGACCUAGUGGACGUAUGUAUGACGUACGAAGCGUUGAAGAAGGGCUACAGCAAAGUCAGUCCCUUCUUCGUGCCCAGGAUUUUGCCGAACAUGGCUGCUGGACAGAUCAGUAUCAAGUACGGAUUCCGUGGUCCAAAUCAUUCUGUGUCAACCGCUUGCGCAACAGGCGCACAUGCUAUUGGUGACGGGUUCCGCUUCAUCCGCGGCGGCGAGACCAGCGUGAUGGUGUGCGGCGGCGCGGAGGCGUGCAUCAAUCCGCUGGCGAUAGCCGCGUUCUGCCGGCUGCGGGCGCUGAGCACGUCGAGGAACGACACUCCGCGGGAAGCGUCGAGGCCGUUCGACAAGGACCGCGACGGCUUCGUGAUGGGCGAGGGCGCCGCGAUACUCGUGCUGGAGGAGCUGAAUCACGCGCUCGCCCGGAACGCGCCCAUCUACGCGGAAGUGCUCGGCUACGGGCUGUCUGGUGACGCAUCGCACAUCACAGCGCCGAGCGAGGACGGUAUCGGCGCGCUGCUCGCGAUGGACAGAACGGUGAAGGACGCCGGCAUCGAGAGCUCGGAGGUGACGUUCGUGAACGCCCACGCCACGUCCACGCCGUUGGGCGACGGGAUCGAGCUGAAGGCGAUCGAAUCGUUGAUGGGCGAGCACAGCGGCAACGUGACGGUGACGAGCACCAAGGGAGCCCACGGUCACCUGUUGGGCGCAGCCGGCAACCUCGAGGCCGCCUUCACGAUCCUGGCCAUCAAGGAAGGCGUCAUACCGCCCACCCUGAAUCUGCACAAUCCGAACGUGGAGACGCGCUUGAAGUUCGCCGCUCACAGGAAAACGACGUGGCGGCCGGCCACGCAUCGGAGGACCGCUCUGAAGAACGCGUUCGGCUUCGGCGGUACGAACGCUUGCCUGUGCUUCACGCAGUACGUCGAUUGAACGGAUGGUCCUCGGUGGUGGUUAUGCGUGUUACGUACGCGGUUACGUGGUGAUGUCGCACAAGUGGUGUGAUGGCAAUGCCCGGUCCUUUCCCGAUGUGGAUUCCGAAAGCAAAGGUACUGAGAGAAAGGGCUAUGACGGAGAUCGAUGUUGCUGUUAAGUUUGUCGCAUUAUAUGUAUUUACGACUGACAUAACGGGCCUGAGAAGCGGAAAUUCGACUGACGGAUGGAAUUUCACAUGUGAGUAUCACACACAGUAGGAUGACAGCUUAAAUAUUUUUAAUAACUUUUAUGCAACAUACAAUAUGUAAAUACGAUCUUACGACAUCCUUUUUAUAGAAUGAUCUUACAGAGUAUGCGUAUGUGUAAUGUAAUUACACGGAGAGGAUGUACACAUUUGGAAUAAUAAAAUAUAUUUAUAUUACAUAUAUAUAUAUAUAUAUUACACAUAUAUAUAUAUAUAUAUAUAUAUAUAUGUGUGUGUGUGUGUGUGUUUUUGGAAUGUAACAUUCAUCUAUAUUAUAAUUCUGACAACUUCCAAUCGCGCGUUUCUAUUUUUACAACACGGACACGAAUCCUCAUCAGCCAAGAAGACCACGUUAUCUAAGAUCUUCAAGAAAAAAAUACAGCACUCUUCAAGUAUCCGGUCAUCAUCUGAAGCUCGUGUCUGUCAAACAGCUUGCAUUCGUAGUACGUGCAGUAUCAUCGGAUCUGCCGUAUCAUGGCCAAGGCAUGCUCGUACAAAAUCGCUCCAGAAUUGUACAGAUUCAUAUCAAUCAGAUUGUGCUUUGUACAAUAGCGUAAAAUUUGUCUUUUCGUUUACUGGAAACAAGAUUAAAUUCAAUACAACACCGCUAGCUUUUUCUUUUU